AUGACUGAGAAGGUAAUGCUGUUUGAUCUCACAUCUUUACUGUCUCCACAGAAAAUAGAAUCAAUGGUAAGGAAUAUGCUUGGCUUGUUAUCAAUCCAAUUUCUUUCUGAAACGAUGACUAGCCUGGGCACAAAAAUAUCAAAUUACCUUAGCACUCGGUUUGAAUUUGAGGUUGAUAUUAGGGCUUCCAUGUCCGUGAUUGUAGUUGAAGUUUAUAGAACAAGAAAUAUAGUAUAUGACCAAGAAAUUAUAGGCGAUGUUGCCGCUCUAUUUCCUCCUGAAACGGCGCGCUUUUGUGAAGAAACGAUUUAUAAGAACUUUGGUUGUAAGUAUGCUCACAAGGUUGCAUGCAGUAUAAGGGAUGCUAUUGGAAUAGGAGCAAAACCUGACGAUGAUGAUUUUGCUUCGCUGGCACUGAAACAUGCACAUGCUGACAAGGUUGAAUGCACUACAAGGGAUCCUAUAGUGAAAGUACCCAUUGUUGAUGACGAACCGAUUGGGCUUGUUCAAAUUUCAGCAGUGGUUGCUAUGCAGAUUGAAGGGGAUUUCGACAAGGUGAAUUCAUCAUGUCCUAUUUGCUGGGAAUUUGUUUAUAAUCUUGUUUUCAAUAACGAUGUUGGUUUGGUUUUUCGUCUGAAGAUAAUUCAUGUGUGUUAA